AUGAUGCUGAACUUCCGCGGGUGGCUGGACGUCGCAGUCGAGCGGCUACCAGGAACAACGGCUGCAACAGACCCGCCACCGUCGUCUCAACCGACUGCAUCGGCAUCGUCAUCCUCACGGCCACGACGCGCGCCAACAGUAACAUCUGCUCCGUCGCCAUCACUCACGUCGCCCCCGGCAGCAGCGGUCACAGCACGCGGUGGCUCGCGUGCGCGCAGGAAUGCGUCGAGCGGCAGCAGCAGUAGCCACGGCGGCGGGAACAGGAGCAGCAGCAACAGCAGCAGUCGGGGUGGCAGCAAGCGUGCCGGUGGUGAUGGAAAGAAGGGCAGUCAAGCAACACGGGACCAAGGCGUCGAUGAUGGCCGGGAUGUGGCGAUGUUCGACGACAGCGGACGCGGCGGCGUGCGACCACGGCCCAGAAGCAGCGGCAGCGGCAGCGGCGAUGUCGGUGUCGGUGUUGGUGUGAGUGGCGGUGGUGUGAGCGUCGGUGGGAGCAAGGGCCCGUCUCGAAGCGCUUCGUCCCACGCGUCAUCCGCAGCAACAUCGGCAGCAGCGUCCACCGCCACAUCUCCCCAGCGACAACAGCAGCAGCAGCAGCAGCAGCAGCAGCACACACGGCCCGGUGCCAUGCGUCGCAUCUUUGCAGCGGCGGCGAAGGGGCUGACGGGGUCACGACACACGAGCGACAACGACAGCACCCGCCGAACGCGCAGCCCGCUCUUUGAACGCAAGCGCAGGAAGGAGAGUAAGGAGGAAGAGGAGGUGGAGGUGGAGGGAGGGGAGGUGGAGGUGGAGGGAGGUGACAUUGGGGAACGGGGACAAGUUGGUGGCGGUGAUGGCGACCGUCGCGGUGGUAGUCAGCACGUGUCUGCCACCCCCUCACCCAAAUCACCGUCCCAGCCGUCCCAGCCCCCGGCAGCGUCGUCAUCAUCAUCGCCACUGUCGCCGCCGUCACGGAGCUCUCGCAAGGGGCGCGGCGGUGGCGGUGGCGGGAUGGAUGUGGUCAUGGAGGUGGAUGAGGAGGUGGAGGGCGAUGAUGGUGAUGGUGAUGGUGGUGAUGGUGGUGGUGACGAUGGUGGUGGUGACGGUGAGAAGCGACGAAAGCGGCCACCACCACUUGUACUGACCCGUGAUGUGAAGGAAGCUGGCCACAGCAGAGACCGUGGCGAUGAUGACGAUGAUGACGAUGAUGACUGUGAUGACGAUGAUGACUGUGAUGACGAUGUUGACGAUGCUGAUGAUGAUGACGACGACGAUGAUGAUGACUGUGAUGAGAGCGACAGUGAGAGCGAUAGCGAUAGUGGCAGUGACAGUGACUUGGUCACAGCCAGUGACGAUGACGACGACGACGAUGAGCAGGACAUGAUGGGCGGUGAUGAUGGCGACGACGGCAGCACGACUGGCGCUGUGGCGGCAUCUCUGCUUGCAUCCACAGCAAGUCAGCAACAGAAGCAGCAGCAGCUGGCCGUGCCCACCUCCCCCUUGUCUUGUGCGUCGUCACCGUCGCAUCCCCCGCGGGUGCGCAGCGAUCGCCGCCAUAACCGCAGCCACCGCCACGGCAGCAAGCACCGCACGGCUCGCACUGGCACCAGCACACACCGCGCACGCGACAGCGACGGCGGUGGUGGUGGUCGUACCAGUGGCAGUCAUGGCGAUGGUGAUGGCGAUGAUGGUGUGAAGACGCGUGGGUACACCAUGUCCACGUCAUCUGCGCCAGCGACGCUCUUGGCGGAGAGAACGUCCGCCGUGACCGGUGGCGCGUUCUUCCCGCCAAUCGACGAGCUGGUCACCGCUUCCACCCCACCACCAGCCGUCGCCGCCCCAACAGGUGUUGCUGGCACGAGCAAGCAGGUCGGCAACAAGAGCGAUGGCAGUAAUGGUGGCGGUCAUGGUGAUGGUGGUGGAAAGACCACGGGUAAGGGUGCGUUGCAGCGGCCGGUGCUGUCGUCAUCAUCGCCAUCGGCAGCAGCGAGUGUCUCGACGUCCAAAGUCACCGUUGCAACGCCGCACACGGGCGGCACACGCGUAAUGACGGCGACAGGGCAUGGGCAGUACAGUCCAACACCAGCAUCCACAGCAACAACAACAACGGAUACAGCAACACCAGCGCCAUCGACCGCUGCUGCUUCCGUUGCGAUUGCGUCAUCCACGGCAUCAGCCCCGCCCACCACGGCACCGGUAACGCGGCGCAAAGGCGACGCGCGAGGGGCGGUGGACACAACCACGCGGCCCGCAACCACAGCAGCACCGGAGCGAUCAACGCUCUCAUCAUCAGCGGCAACAGCAACAGCAACAACAACAGCAACGUCUGCGCAACCACAUGGUGUUGCGUCUGGCGUGCGCAGUGCGCUGUCGGAUGCCGGUGGUGCGGUUGUGCCGGGGGCCGCCCGUCGCAUUGCGAGCAAGCGGCGAUCACAGAGCCUUGGCGACAGCGCCGCCGUGGCUGCUGCUGGCGGUGUUGGUGUUGGUGCUGAUAAGGGCAGGGGCGGCGGUGGCGUGACGGGCGGCCGCAAACAUGGCCACGGAGGCAUUGUGAGCGGUCUGAUGAGCGGUUUGGGUGGUGGCAAGGACAGUACCCGCGGCAGCGGCAGCGGUGGUGGUCGUGGUGAUGGUGGUGGUGGCGCCAAGGGCAGUAGCAGUGGCAGUGCAAGCGGUGAAAGCGGGCGGAAGAAGGGAAGGCGACGCAAGGAGAGCGUGUCGCACCCGUCGACGCUCAGCUUUGAACGCCGCUACCUCAUAUUGGCAGGCAACACGCUCCACCUCCUCAAGCACAAGCCGACGGCCGAGGAGGAAGCGAAGCUCAUGCAAGAUCCCGACCGGUUCUGGGAGAUUUAUGACGACGCGCCCGUCGCUGCAGAGGGGGCAGAUGCACAGGGCCCGCCGUCUGCGCGUACGCCCUCGGCGUCACGACGGAACGAGACCAGCGGUGGGAUCCCGGCCAUGAUUGCGCGGCUCGUACGAGGCGGCGCACGCAGCGACACAGAUCGGCCGAGCAAGACGCAGGAGCCCGUCCCACCGCAAAUUUCGCUUGACCAGUGCGAGGUGCGGCCGCUGCACCCGUCUGUGUUCAUGCACCACCCGCUCUACCGCCAAGUGUGCUCCCUCAUGUUCGGCAACAGGAGGCUGCUGCUGCGGUGCAACUUGCUGUCUGCGCGACUGCAGUGGCAGCGGGCGUUGCUGGCCUCGAUUGACGGCCGCAAUGCCCGCUACUCCACGCGUCGCAUCGUGCUCGGGCUGCAGAGGGCCGCACUCCCGGGCAGCAAGGGCGACAUGCGUUGCAUUGUCAUGCUCAACGGGUUUGUUGAGGGAAUAUCAACGACGAAGCCGGCCGCCUCGCAGAAGAAAGGGUCGAGCCAGGUGACGUUUGCUGAGCGGUUUGAGUUUGACGUGCGGGCAACGGCGGCCGAUCUCUCGUGCGGAUAUGUCAAGAUUCUGCUGCAAAAGAACCACCGCCGCUGGACCACGUUUGCAUCAGCGGCCAUCCAUCUCGAGCCGGAAGAGUUUGAACGGACGACGCUGGAACUGCCGCUCGCAUACGACAAGGACGCACGCACCGGCACACUCACUGUCGAGUUCCGGCACCGGCACCUGCCCGUGCUGAAGGCUGAGGAGUACGAGCCGCUGCUUGACUGGUUCCAGGAGAGCGGCGCCCUCGUCCUGAUGCAACUCAUUGACGUGUGUCUGGAGAAGGGCCAGGAGGAGGCUGAGCGGAAGCGGGCGGAGGAGGAGGAGGCAAAGUUGCGCCGUGAACACCGCCGCCGACGGCGCAGGCAGCGUGCUGCUGCUGCUGCUACUGGUAGCGGUGGUGGUGGCGGUGGCGGUGGCAAUGUUGAUGAUGGUGAUAGUGGUGAUGAUGGUGAUGAUGAUGACGAGGAGGAGGAAGGCAACGGGAAGCUGAAGAAGACCAAGGAGGAGAACCUGCCGAAGUUUGAUGAGAACUUCUUCACGGCGCUGGCAGUCAUCUUCACCCACCGGCAGCAGCUGGUGGAGGCCUGGGCCAUCGAGCUCGUCGUCCUCAACCUCAAGCAGAGCGAGGCUGAGAACCCACAGCAGGAGAACACGAGCUACUUCCGCUCCAACGGCGUCAUGGACCGGCUGCUGCAGGCGUAUGUGUCCGCCCACGCCUCCGCGUGGCUGCAGGAUGCGCUGUCUGGCUUUGUUGAGGAGAUUAUGAACAUUGCAGAGGCACACGGCCCUAUCACGACGCCACCGGAGAGCCGUGCGCUGGGCGAGACGGAGAGAAUCAUGCUUGACCUGUUUAGGCGCUGCUGGUUCCGUAUCCUCGCCGCAAAGCACAAGUUCCCCUACGGCAUCCGCAACUUCUUCUCAAAACUCCGCGAGGAGGGAGUGCGGAACAACCUGAGCGAGGGCUCGCUGCGACUGCUGCGGCGGCUCAUCAAGAUGACCGUCUUCCACCGGUUCAUCAUCUCCUCCGUCACGCAGCCACACUGCUUCGGCCUCACCAUGGUGACACCGUCCGGUGCUGCGAUGUCGUGGUUCAAACUCCUUGGAACGCUCCUCAAGAACCUCGUCUUCUCCAUCAAGCGUGACGGAGUGUUCUAUGCAGAGGUGAACUCGUUUAUUGAAGAGCAGAAGGCGGACGUCGCUUCCGUUGUCGACACGCUCUUCACCCGCCCCGUCCACACGCCCGUGUCGUGUGCGAGCCACACUGCGCCGUUCUUUGAGUCGCGACUGGAGAUGGCGACUGUGGCGCACGACGUGACCAUGUACCGCCACAUCAUCAAGGAGCACCUCGUGCCAAAGGGCCCCGCGUUUGUGCGGCUGCUGCAGAUUGCCGACAACUUGUACCGCAAGCAGCACGCAAAGGACCUGCACCCGCACAGAACCAGCUCUUCUGAUCACGUCAAAGGCAUAUCUGCAAGCGAGCCAGCGUCCCACCGCCCGUCGCGCAUAUCGCGUUCGUCUCGCUCCAACGACAGACCCGCGCUGCCACCACUCCAUCGUGCAGACCGAAGUGGUGGCAGUGGUGGCGGUACAAGAUCACCGCCCACCUCUGCCUCCACUUCUUCCAAGCACGGCGGCAGCAGCAGCGGCAGUUAUGGCGGAGUUGGUGGUGAUGGCGGUGGUGUUGUUGGCCUCGUAUUGAUGGGCGAGGGCGACAAUGCAGUCUUCCCCGACGCCACGAAGAAGAGGAAGGGUGCCCCUCAAACAGACACCACCAUCGCCGGCACUGAUGCGAGUAGCCGUGGUGGUGGCGGUCGCCUGUCACCGUCAUCGCGGCAGUCGCGUGAAGGCAGGAGCAGUCGUGGCAGCGGCGCCGGCACGCCGACGGGCCAUACGUCCUCUUUACCAACACGUGCAUACGAGCGGGUGAUGCCAUCUCUGGAGCCCGUGGACGCGAUGGCGAAGAUCCAGGGGAUUGAGAACUCUGGCGGGCUGCCGUCAUCACAGUACCUCCUCCUCAAGACGGCGUACAUGGACCUCUGUCGCCGCUUCAACUCGAUGUGCUCGUUUGUGAGGGAUGAGCUUGUUCAACAGGGCGUGCCAGACCCGUCCAUCUCCAUGCGUACACACCACCACCACCACCACUCCGUGCCGCGCCACCGCAGUGCAGCCAGUAGCCCCGGCCACCCCUCCAGCCACUCCACGUCCGCCAGCCUCACGCGCAUGACACGCAACCUGUCUGGACAUCUCGUGCCGGGCAUGCUUCGCGGUACCCGGCACUCCCGCUACAGCGGUGUCGAUAUGGCGACGGUUACGGGCGGCACUGCUUCCUCCAUCUCCCUGAUAGCGAGCAGAAACAGUGCCAAUGGUGGCGGCGACCAUAGCGGUCGAAGUGGCAGCGGCGGAGCGAUGGUACGCACCAAGUCCAACGUCACACUCUCGGAUGCACGUGCGCGAUCGCGGGGCUUCAACCGAACGGCAACGGCCACAACGCCCAUCGCAUCACUGAUCGGUGGUACGAGUGGCGGCGAUGAUUGUGGUGUCGGCGGUGAUGAUGGUGAUGCCCAAGGAAGGGAUGCAGCUGUGAUCGAAUUUUCAUACACAGCUGCUGGUGUUGCUGAUGACGAUGCGAUCCACACUGUCACAACAUCAGCAGCAGCAACAUUGUCAUCACCCAACGGCCCUGAACCACAACCAUUAUCUCCCUCAACAGACGCCACAGCUACUGCCACGGCUGCGCUCGAGCCUGCAUCUGCGGGUUCCCACGGUUCAGACGGGGCGCCAAGUGGUGCUGUUUACAGUGCUGAUGGCGAUGCUGAUGAUGUGUCGUCUCGCCGGCGAUCGCGAUCUGACGUUGCCCGACGCGCAGUGGCGAUGAGCGACGUCCACAGCCCUGUCAGCAGCAGCAAUAGCACCGCCGUGAACAGCAGCAACGCGGACGGCGACACGAACACGAACCCCACGGCGUCACCGGCUGCCGUGCACAGCAGCGGGCGCGAUGGCAACGUGCAUGCUAUCGGGUCACUGUCACCAGCAUCAGAGGUUGAAUCACCGACAUUCGCCAGAGGUACCACCAACACCAGCGCAGGCACCACGACAACAGCGACGAGCGGUACUGCUGGUGCGUUGUUUUCACCCAUUGACCAACAGCACCAACUACAGCAGCGCCGCCGUUCGAGUCUGAAUGCGCUUGAGCUUGGACCGUAUCGCGAGGGAAGCCCGCUCUCUCGCGAAUUCACACCACCAGCCAAGCCGUCGUCAGCAUCAGCAUCCGAAUCAGCGUCGCGGGCGGCGGGGGCCGUGUCAUCGUCCCCGGUGGCGCGUGCGAAUGUGUUUGGACACGUGGGGGCGGGGCGUCGUGGCAGCGGCGUGCUGAUCUCGUCGCCGUCAGGGCGGAGUGAUGACGGAAGGGGGCGGCGCCCGCGACCAGAGACAACGCCCCCAACGACUUAUGUCACGGCGCCAACACCGGACAUGAGCGCAACUCCGACGUCGCAGUCGUCGCCAGCAACGCGCCGCCAAUCGCUGCUGGCGGUGCCGCCCCCAUUGCACGAGCACGACGACGAGCACGAUCAUCCCAGUGGCAGCGGUGGUAGUCAUGGUGACGUUGAUGUCGAUGACGACGACGACGAUGACGACGAUGAUGGUGAUGACGAUGAUAUGGAUGGUGAAUUGGAUGGUGGUGAUAGUUUGCGUCACGCGCGUCGGGCGAGGCCGCUGCAUCGGCAGGUCUCAUCAACAGCAACAACCGCCCUGCUGUUGUCGUCGUUGUCGUCAUCAGCUUCCGCAUCCGCACUGUCCUCAUCUGCAAACUCCGCUGUGUCGCGAGCGUCGGCGGCAAAGGUGUCGGGUGGUGUUGACGACCACUUGGCAGCGACAGCGGUGAUUGAGGGCGAAGUGGUGGCGGGCACCCACAACAAUGGCCUCACCACCACACAUGCAGAGGGCAUCCAUGAUGCCCGUGAUGACUGCGGUGGUGAGAACUGCGGCGGUGAUGGUGCUCAGGGGUGUGGCGAUGACAUGGACGAGGAUGCGAGCGUUGACGAACACGCACCGUCGCCGUCGCCACCGCCCUCGUCAUCACAGGCAGUAUCACCCUCUCCCACGGCACCAGCGACCACCACCGCCACGAACACGACAUCGACAACAGCAUCACCGCCGCCCGCGGUGCCUGGUCGCGUGCUGGUGAUGGCGAUGCGUGGCGGGUCUGACGCGAGCGUCGCGCGAUCGAGCGGGUACAGCACGUCGACAGUAGAGAUGUGUCUGGAUACGCCGCGGUGUGGCGGUGUUGUGCCCGCACACAGCAGAAACCCCAGCAGCAGCAACAACACCGCGACUGGGGAAGACGUCAAGGCGACGGCGAGUGGUGACGUGGAGUGUGGUGACAGCAGCGGUGGUGGCAGUGGCGACGAUGAUGCCGACAGGAGGGAUGACAGGCACGUGGUGUACAGACAAGGCAGCGAAAAGGUCAAGCACAUUGCCCUCUCCUCCAAGGGAACCUUUGUUUAAGCGGGACAGCGUGCAUGCAUGUGUGUGUGUGUGUAUGUGUGUGUGUGCAUGUAUGUGUGUGUGCGAAUUGUGUGCACGUGUGUGUAUAUGUUGGAGUUGCGAGAGAUUUGUUGGUGCUAUCGAGCAGUUGGUGUUAUCGAGCAGCUUCAUCUGUUUGUGUCGUUUGAAGGGCACUGCGUGUCGAGGUGUGACUGUCUUGAACGCGUACAUGCAUGUUAACUUGUGUGUGAUUGUUGGUGUUGUUGAUGUGAUGAUAGAUGGCCAGUGAUUUUGCGCGUGUGCGUGCAUGAUUUGUGUGCGCGCUUUGUUCAAGCCUUGUGAGAGCUUUGGGGUGGCGGUUGCUGAUGCAACAAUUGAAUGAAAGAAUGAACGAGUGACAAGACAAAUGCACGCAGG